UCAAGACAGUAGCAAAUGCGAACGAACAACAUAAGUGUAUUGUGAUCGGGCGGUUCACUUGCAAGUUGUGCCGCACAAAUAAUCGUUUAAAAACUUAAAUUGAAAAGAUGCGGAAGCGUUUGACAGCGUUUUUACAGCCUAAACUCCACAGACAUUGAAGAUUAAAGUCGUAAAUCAAGUCAAAUGAGGCAGGGUCUAUAGUUAUGCAAAGAAUCUGCAUAAUUAUUCGCACCAUUUGCUUGACAACAUUUGCCUAGUGUGUGGACACUGUGUAUUGUAAGUUAUUGGCAUUCGAUCCUCAACGACGGCUUUUUUAACGUGAAAUAAGGAAGAAAGAGAGAGCUGAACUUUCUGAAAUUCAUUAUGCAGGAAGAAAACGUGCCUAAGGCAGAUAGGUCAAUGUCAACGAAAGAGGAUACAAAUGUGAAAAGCAAAUCAGCGAAAAUAAGUCGCAAAUCGACCAACGCAAACAGCCACGAAUGUCACAUAUGCCGCAAAAGCAAUAUGACUUUGUCGGGUUUGAAAAUUCAUUUACUCACGCACAGUGGAGAAAAGCCAUAUCAUUGUACUGUGUGCGAUAAACGCUUUACCUGCUCAUCUAAUUUGAAAAAGCAUCAAAGAAUUCACACAAAAGACUACAUUUACACUUGUAAUGUCUGCGGAAAAACAUGUAGUGAUCCGAGUAACAUGAAAAAACACAUGACAGUGCAUUCGGGCGAGAAGGCUUAUGUUUGCCCAUCUUGCGGUAAAAGCUACAGUUAUGCACAAAGUUUGCGACAACACAUGGAUGAUAUGCAUGUAGCAAAUGGAGAGAAACGUUUGGUAAAAAACAAACGUAAAGGCCACUUUCCCUGUCCGGAAUGUGGCAAAGUUUUUGGUUACUACUGGCGGUGUUCACUUCACCAAGCUCGUGUUCACGCGACGGAUCGACCUUACAAAUGUCCAGAAUGCGGCAAAUGUUUUGCGAGAGAAAAUAUUCUGGCGAAGCAUAUGCAAACACACGAGAAACGAUAUGCUUGUAGCGAUUGUGAUCGUCGUUUUAGUUUUCGCGACCAGCUGAAAAAGCACAAACGAACACAUAAUGGGGAAAAACCAUAUCAAUGCGAGAUAUGUCUAAAGUCGUUUAGUCAACGAGGAACUCUCACUGAACAUAAACGAACUCACACUGGAAUUAAACCGUACGCCUGUGCAAUUUGUGGCGUAAAAUUUGCUUCCAGUAGUAGUCUACGGCGUCAUGAACGAAGGGUCAAGUCGUGUUUACCACCACCGGAAGGGGAAGAAAUUCCGGUGGUACCCAUGUACCCUCGUAAGAUGAUACACGUGCCGACAACACGUUCUGAAAUACCCAGCGCCCAAACGCAGUCAGUGACUGAAGUUGACGCUGAAAUAAAUACGGUGGUAAUAAAUGAAACGGGCAACUUGUCAUCCGAGAAUACGUAUUUAUUCAAGAACGAAAAUGAGAGACAGAAACGGUUAGUAACACAAAGGGAUGAUAUAAGAAAGGAGAUAAACACAAGCAUUUAUUCAUGUGACAUGGAAAAAUUGCACAGAAAUCCACAUUUAACAUCUGCCUACCAACACAAUCCAUCAUCAGGUUUGGAUAAUCAAAAUGUUCAUAUGAAUGAUACUCAAAGUGGUAAAUCGUAUGGCGAGGAAAAGCAGCCAUCUCUGUUGGUUAGAUGUGACGAGGAAGGUAGAAUUUCAGUUCUUCCUUUAAUUAGUGUUAAACAUACAACCAACGUCAAUGAUGGCAGUCUUGAGUUUUUUGGAAUAUCGUUAAGUACGAGUGACAAGCCUUCGCAACAGUUCCAGAGACGCAAUAGUUUGGAAUGGAAGACCACAAACGAUUCAAACAACAAUUAUAUUGCAAGCACAGAUCAAAAACAAAUGAAAAACCAUACAAUAACGACAAGUCAAUUGCCCUCGAAAUAUCAUAUACCAACAAACAGUCAUCCAAAGCAGGUCAUAGACAACAAAAAGCAGUCAGCAAGAGAACAAAAUGUCACCGCUCAUUUAUAUACCCCAAUUGAAUAUAACCGUGAGUUUAAAAGAGCAGAAUUAACCACUGAUAACGCCCAUCAUAUGCAAUUUUCAUCUAUACAGUAUAAAACAUUUACCUUUCAAGAAAGAGGCAAUCAAAUUGUGAAUGAAGAUAUUAAGCCAAUCGUUGGCGUUCAUGUUCCUGCCUUCAACGAGUAAUCAAGAUGAAAAUGUACUUAAAACAAUUCUCGUUUCACCAAAAACCCCCACAAAAACGUAACGUUAUCGGUAAAACAAAAGUUAGUAUUUUGGUGUAAAUAUCAAUAUUAAAAGAUUGGUUUCUUUUCAUGCCAAUUUUUUCAUCGUUGAGACGCUUAGUUGUUAUAGCAUGAACCGUUGUUUAAAAACUAUUGUACUUCACAGAUACAUUUCACGACUAUUUAGUUUAACAAAUAUUUAUAACAAAGCUCGUGCAAGGGGAAUAUUUUUCACGAUAAGCAAUCCUUAUUAACAAUGUCUUCAUAACACCAUUGCUGUAGUAACAAAUACCUUUUGCUUUUUAGUUCUUUACUGUAAUAAAUUGGAUGUGAAAUAUAUUAUGAGAGCUGAUUUUAGCGAAA